AUGGAUUGGGCAUUAAAGCUUGAUGACGCUUUAUGGGCGUAUAGGAAAACCUUUAAAACCCCAAUUGGCCUUACUCCCUAUCAAUUAAUUUAUGGGAAGUCAUUUCAUCUCCCCGUUGAAUUAGAGCAUAAGGCAUAUUGGGCAACAAGGACUUUGAAUUUUGAUGUGAAAAAGGCCAGUAGGAAGAGGUUACUUCAACUUAAUGAAUUCGAUGAGUUAAGAAUGAAUGCUUAUGAGAAUGCGAAGUUAUAUAAAGUUCAUACUAAGUUCUGGCAUGAUAAGCAUUUAUUUAAGAAGGAAUUUCAUGAGGGUGAGCUUGUUCUCCUUUUUAAUUCAAGACUCAAGUUAUUUCCGAGAAAGUUAAGGUCACGAUGGUCGGGUCCGUUUAAAGUUAUGAAAGUUUAUCCUCAUGAUACGGUUGAUCUUGCCAAUGCAAAGGGAGAAAUUUUUAAGGUAAAUGGACAUCGCCUUAAGCCCUACUUGAUCGGUGAUGUAAUUGAUACAGGCUGUUCUAUCCCUCUAUCUACACCAUAA